GAGAAAGUGUACGGUACAAAACAGUGAAGCCAAAGAGGGUAAAAUUUUGUCCUUUUUUUACCGGUUUUGUUUCGAGUUUUUGUAAGAGAAACACGAGAGAACCAUGGCGCAAGGUUUCGGCGAAAGAAUGAAGAUGCUUAGGCUAGCAGAGGACGUUCUGGAAGCGAUGAAGAAAAGUGUAGAAGAAAACUGUGAAAAGAGUGACAAGGAGAGGAACCUGACAGAGUUUGACGGCCUGCUGAAGGAGACAUCAGGAGAGAAGCAGUUUUGUGAGUCUGCCGGGUACGUGCUUCACCACGCUGCCUACCACAACCUUCCCGCCUGGGGGGAGAGGCUCCUCAAACAUGGCGCCAAGGUCAACUAUCAAGAACCAGAGAAAGAGGACACCCCCCUUCACAGAGCUGUGGAGAAUGGAAAUCUGGAGAUGGUGGACCUGCUUAUCAAGUAUGGAGCUGACAUCAACAUGCUGAACAAAGAAGGUACAGCUCCCAUCCAUGUAGCAGUGUCCAGACACGGCCUGCACGGCUGUCUGCAGAGCCUGAUAUCUGCCGGCGCUGACCUACAGCUGAUCGAGACCAGCUCAGAACUCAGCCCACUGGGGAAGGCUCUGGAUGAGUGGGUAGUGCAGCCCCACCCCACCAACAACCUGCAGCAGAUCCGGCAGCUGCUGCAGGCCGGCUGUGACAUCACCAAGAUCGAGAAGGAACCCGGAGAUGCCACUGCCUUCUCCUUCAUCCUUACUGAGAUGUCUCGAGGUCAACUCGAAGUUGAUGCAGCAUACAAACUGGUUGAGCUUCUGCUUGAACAUGGGAUGGACCCAGACGCGACCGAUACAGAGUUCUUCACCCUCCUAUACUACUCCACGCUCGGUCUGGACGACUACUUCCCGCUGGUGCGCCUGCUGCUGAACUACGGCGCAGAUCCGCUCAUCAACACGUCGCUGAGGGCAGCCAAGUACGAGUGGAUCGUCGUGGCACUGCUGGACUGUACAUCAGACCAGGUAACAGACAAUGCAGACAUGAGGGACUUUGGUCCGGCCAGAAGGAUGCUGCAACUGCUCAUCGAUGGAGUCGACAGGUUCAAGUGGUGUGAGGAGAUGGAGAAGAAGCUGGAAGGGAUGAAGGAGGAAUUUUUCAGCGAGAACACAGAAGACGAUUCGGAGAUGGCGGAGAGCAAAGACGCUCUGGUCAAGCUCUGCGAUUGGCUAAGGAUGGCGGGACAGAAUCCUCGAGAGCUGAAACAUCUCGCAAGAUGCCAGGUCAGGAAGACACUGGGAAGGAGCGGCAUCUUUAAGGGAGUUCGGGGCCUUAACCUGCAGGAAGACAUCAGCAGCUACCUACUUAUAAAGUCUUGAGGAAGUUUAGAAGCUUCUCAAGUUGUUUAUUUUACAACCUGGAAAUGUCUUACGGACAUUUAAUGGGUGACUAAAUCUGUAUGUGGGAGAAAUGAGAUAAUGUCAGGUAAGGAUGACAAGUGUUUAAGUGAAAUGUUAAAAAUUUUUUUAUUUUCAAAGCUGGGAAUGUGUUAUGGUCCAAGAGUGCCCUCAUUUGCUUCCACUGCAGGAUGGUUGUACAUGGAACUUGUAUGUGUGGGAGAAAUGGUGAGAUGGAAUGACUUGUACUGUAGCCUGGUUACCAAACCUAUUAUACAUGUAGCUCCCGAGUCCUACAGCCUCUCCACAAAUAGUAGGACUCGGGAGCUAUAAUAGGUUUGGCAACCAGGCUAAAUUUUUAUUUCAAAUGCUAAGAAAGUGUUAUGGUCCAAGCGUAUUCACAUUUGAUUCCACUACAGGAUGCCUGUAACUUGUAUGUGUGGCAGAAAUGAGGUUUGGUGAGUUAAAAUGACUUGUAUUGAGUUCUACUAAGCUGAGAAAGUGUUCUGGUCCAAGCAUUUCCACAUUUGAUGGGUGACCCUAACCCAUAUAUGUGGUACAAAUGAUACCUGGUCAGUAAAAGAUGACUUUUAUUGAGGUGAAACUAUUUAAAAUGUUCAUUUUCAAAGCUGGGAAUUUGUUAAUAUGGUCCAAGAGUUUCAAUGUGAUGCCACUUUAGUAUAGGGUGACUAAAAUCUGUAUAUGUGACAGA